AUGUUUCUGACUAAGAGGACCCUCCCGCGCUUCCAAAAGAAGCCUGCCAUUGUAACUUCGACUGUCUCCAAGCUUCUUUCCAUAAAGGGCAUGCCCCCGUGGUUCACCUUGCCAGGUGUUGAUGUGCCUUCACCUCUGUUGCUCCUCGAUGCCUGGGUGUCCCAGAACCAUGUCACCUUGAAUGGUGCUUGGUUUAAACCUGAGGUACGGGACUUGAUGGUCUGCGAGCUCAUUCUGCCAUUAGACCAUCUGUGGCAAAAUGAACUGCUCGGAACAUGUCGAUGUCAGUUUCCAGAAGACAAUCUUGGCCACAAGUCGGAUUGGAGCGUUUCUAUCUGCAAGGUUGAAAGUGUGAAGAAUCUAGAGGCAGCAGGCUACCAAGAUGUGUUUUGGGCUUUUCCACAAUUCACGAUUCAAGAGGGUCGCAUCAAAUAUGCGGACACGAUGGAAGGGAUUGAUGCAUCCGCUUCACCGUCAUUUUCGAUCGUUCCACCCGCCCAGACUAAGUCCCCCUCCAACAUGGAGUUGAAAGACCUGAAUGCGUGGAGAAAAUAUGGGAUUUUAUCCCAAUUAUCCCCUUAUGGCACUGUUUGGGCAAUGAACUCCCCUGAAGUCAGCGAUGAGUUUCGUCUCCCGACGAAACCUUACAGCAUUUUUCGCGUUUGA